AUGAGCCCGAACGUGUGUCUAUAUCUUCCACCGGGGCCCGAGUGCCGAGUGGCCAGUCGACUGCCCAGGUUCAGCAGCCUUUUCACACUGUCGAGAAAUGCGCAAAUGGCCCAGCAAGCACAGUUCCAAAUUCAGCAGGAUCUAUCGCCAAUCGAAUGGUCUCCAUGGACAGUCAAUGCCACGCAGCUAUGGAAUCCUGAAGCUCUACCAUGUUAUUUGGCCCCCUUCAACUACGGCGACGACCACCAGCCAGCCCUUUCCGAACACCACCCACCGCCAUCGGCUGUCUUCAGCUCAAAAAGCCUGCGAUCCUCAAACCAGCCGGAGACACCUCGCCAUGUUGAACCCGACAAUCCCGAAGAGUCGACGAUGGAGUUCACUCCUUCCAAGUAUUCUUACUUUAAAAAAGACGAACGAUUCAUUCUGGAGGCCCGUCUGAGGAAUGAGACAUGGAAAGCCAUCACAGAGAGUUACAAGAAGGAAUUCCCCAACUUAACCCCACCAAAGUACAAUACGUUAAGCAUGAAAGUAUGUCGCCUCAAAAAGAAGCAUCCGGAGAUACGACAACUCUUCAAUAAGAGAAUCCCAACUACAAAGAUGGGACGCCCAGCCACGAGGGGAAAACGCCGGACGGCUCGAUUAUCCGGAGCAGACGACGAUGAACCGGCGGGCAAGAAGAGAGAUAGAGGUGUGCAACAACUGUCAUACGAGGACGCGAUCGAGGCUGGGCGAACGGUGCUCGACUUUCUUGGUCAGCCCGGGAAUGACGGCCUGGCGCCGCUGAGUGAUUGUAUGGCGUUGCUUAGGAUAGUGGGUCUACUUGAUAGAACCUCUAGAAGCCUCAAGGGACGCAAACAUGUGUCAACCGCAAAAGAUGCUAAAUAA